UUCGUCGUCUCAGAAGGUGGGCAGCCCCAGCCACACUGCGUCUGCAGAACCCGGGUAGCAAAAUUGCAGGCAAGAGGCAGAGAGCUCUUAGAGCGGAGGGUGCGGGCAGGCGAACAGGAGCAGAGACCAGAAGGCUAGGAACCAGACUGGGAGGUAGGGGUAACGGAAGGCAGGGGGACAGGGCAGGGCUUCCAACCCUUUUCCCUGUCCCUCGGUAUAUCCGAAACCCUUUUCCCGAGCCCGUGCUGAGCCCCUCGGGAGAGGCAGCUCUUCUCCUCUUCCUCCUCCUCCUCCUCCUCUUCCUCUUCCUCCUCCUUCUCCUUCUCCUCCUCCUCCUCUUCUCCCCGGGAAUUUCUCCCUUCGCCUCCAACCCAAAGCGACGCUAAACCUAGCUCUCAUUCCCCGACAGAGACAGAGGGAGACAGAGAUAAAGACCGAAGGCUACAUCCCUUUCGGGUCCUCCCCCCUCUGGGUGAGGGUUCUCCCCUGCCCGGGCCCUUCCCCCUCUCCUCGCCCAGUUAGUGGCAGGCUAGGGAUCUCCCGCCCAAGAGAGCCCCGAAGCGCUCUCCUACGCCGCCGCUGCUGUUCCAGUCUGACCCUGUAUCCCAGUUCCUCGUGUCUGUCCUGUACAGGAGGCACGAUGUUGGCGCACAGGUGGAGCGGGAUCCUGGCUGCGCUGGUGCUGCUUUGUCUCGCCGGCCACGCGCAAAGCGAAACUUCUGCCAACAUGACUCAGGUCAAAGAGAUCGUGGACCGCCUGCUGAAGGGAUACGAUGUCCGUCUCAGACCUGAUUUUGGAGGAAACCCUGUCACCGUUGGAAUGAGCAUCCACAUCUCCAGCAUUGACCAGAUUUCAGAAGUCAACAUGGACUACACCAUCACCAUGUAUUUCCAGCAGAGCUGGAGGGACAAGCGCCUGGCAUACAGUGAUUUUGAUUUCAACCUGACUUUGGACAACCGUGUGGCUGAUCAGCUGUGGCUCCCUGACACCUACUUUCUGAACGACAAAAAAUCCUUCCUGCACGGAGUGACUGUGAAGAACCGCAUGAUCCGUCUCCAUCCCGAUGGAACGGUCCUGUAUGGCCUCAGAAUCACCACUACUGCUGCCUGCAUGAUGGAUCUGCGAAGAUACCCCCUGGACCAGCAGAAUUGCACCCUCGAAAUUGAAAGUUAUGGCUAUACCGUUGAUGACAUUGUGUUCUAUUGGCAAGGGAAUGACUCAGCUGUGACUGGGAUGGAUACGCUGGAGCUGCCUCAGUUUACCAUCAUGGAGCAAAGACUGGUUACCCGAGAAGUGGUGUUUACCACAGGUUCAUACCUGCGUUUGUCACUGAGUUUCCGGAUCAAGAGAAACAUCGGCUACUUCAUCCUGCAGACUUACAUGCCCUCUGUCCUCAUCACCAUCCUGUCCUGGGUCUCCUUCUGGAUCAAUUACGAUGCUUCUGCUGCCAGGGUGGCACUAGGUGUAACUACAGUGCUUACCAUGACCACCAUCAACACUCACCUGCGGGAGACCCUUCCCAAGAUCCCAUACGUCAAGGCAAUCGACAUCUAUCUCAUGGGCUGCUUUGUCUUUGUGUUCCUGGCUCUCCUGGAAUAUGCCUUUGUUAACUACAUCUUCUUUGGACGUGGUCCCAGUGAGCAGAGCAGGAAGGCCCAGGCUGGCAAACGCUCCCAGUCCCAGGGAAAGCGAGGCAAAGGCCGCAGAGGACCUCAGGUGGAUGCCCAUGGAAACAUUGCCUUGAGUGUUCUGGAAAUAACCAAUGAGAUGGAGGAAUCUGAAGCAUCUGUCAACAUCUCUGGGCUUCAGCUGCGCAGGGGGGCAGCUUCUCGGGCUGCCCUUAACCAGCCAAUGGAGCCAGUCAUCAGCCCUCUUGGGAGUCGCCGCCGCCGCCGCAGCUCUGGGUGCCGCCAGCGUGGUGGCCGCCUCCGCCGCCGUACCCCCAAGAUGAAGCUCAGAAUGCCCACCCUGAAUGAUGUCAGCGUGGUUGAUAAGUGGUCUCGGCUUGUCUUUCCUGUCACCUUUGCCUUCUUCAACCUCUUUUACUGGCUAUACUAUGUCAAUUAAGUCCCCAUGACCUCGGGAAAGAUAAUCAGGCCAUUAUGACCCGGGCGCUGUGGUCCUUUUCACUUUGGUUCCUUCUUUCAUUAUUUGGUUCCUUAGUUUGGUUCUAGACUUUUCUACUCUUUUCAGCACACUGCAAAUAUUGAGUGUGUCAGGAGAGGGAGAGGAAGAAGGAGAGGAGGAAAAAAGAGUGUUUGCAGUUGGAAGAGACUAGCACCUCUAUUUUGCUUUGUGCUGAAAGUCUUUCACCUUUUAAAAAAAUGUCAGAACCGAGCCAACAAGCACAAAAUAACUGGAUGCUGCCACCUCUUGUUGGCCGCUGUUUUAGUCAGGAUUUGCCUUCUCCUGGCCUUCACUGAGCUGAUCCUUGUUAUGGUUGGAGGUUCGAGUUAAGAGGGGAGCUAUGACAGCCAUCUAUGCUGACCCUCACUCACAUAUAGUAGGCACUCGUUAAAUGAAGAAAUGUUUCAAAGAUCAACUCUGAGGACCAGGGGGAGGGAAGCUCUGGCUUUUCCAGCACAUUCAGAUUAAGAAAAAUUCAUUGGCCCUGAAAAUGAGUUCGUUUUCCACUUCUCCCACCUCUUCUUCAUCUAGUUCCUAAGUGGGACACCUAUCUAGUUGCCCCGCUGGACUCCCUGAUUUUUCGGCAGGGAAGUUUGGUGAGCAUCUGUCUCCUAAACAGUCAGGAGAUGGGGACAACACUCAUUGGUAAAGAACAGAGUAUAAGAAUUCGCUGAAGAUUUGACCUAAAGGUUUGUAGGGAGAAAGAAAACGUUCAGAGAAGGGAGCCGUAGUGCUAAGGCUGAUUUGUCUGGUGCUUUGGGAGGGUAACAAAGAUGUUAGAAUUCACUGGAGUGAAAAAAAUUUUUUUUAAUUUAAGAAAAAAGAAUUUACUGGAGUGACCAAAGAUGUUGUCCCCUCCUCCUACUGCCCCACAACCCAAGUCACAAUGAGAGUAGACAGGGGCCCCUAGCCUGCCCCAGUCAGCUCCCAGAGUGGCAUGGGCCUCCUCUGCAGGCAGCAAGCUUGACAGGAGGUUUGAGUUAAGAGGGGAGCUAGUACAGCCAUCUAUGCUGACCCUCACUCAGCCUCGCAGAAACCAAAAUGAGAGGACCAAGGGGGUUAAAAGCAGACAAAAGCUCAUCUAUUUCUUGGGAUAAGGCUAGCUUUGUGUUCUCCUCCUGCCGGCUGUGGAAGUUUGGACUCUCUCAUUUAAUGGGACAGUUUUCUUUUCCCCAGCAUCAGAGAGUCCACCUCCCAUACCCCAAAACAGACUUCAUGAAUAUUGACUUGCAAAAAGAAAAAAGUGAAAGAUUCUAAAAACUCUCCCUUCUACUUUUCUCUCUUUCCAUCUCCUUUCUUGUCUUUUCCUUAUUUCUCUCUAUCCCUUCUCCAUUUCUCAGGGUUUCUCAGGAUUUUAUCAGUUAUAUCUUUGUCCCUUUCCAUUUUUCAACAUUACUGCACAUUCUGUUUCAACCCAGUGCCCUGGUAAAACUAAAAAGGUGUCUUAAGUAGCAUCCCAAAUGCAAUUAGAAAAAAAAUAAUUCAGAGGUGGGCAACUCUGUUUAAUACAUACUACUUAAUGUGGCUUUCACCUGUCAAAUUCUAGUCAACUUCCUCAUAAGAGAACUUUCCCGAAGUAUAUCUGAGAACAGAAUUCCUUAAGCAAGUACCUUUUUGAGAGUAACCAUUGUCUUAUGUUCUAAACCCUGCCUGGCAAAGGCCAGAAGCCAGGUGGUGACUGCUCGUAAUUCGAGAUGGCCUCUGCAUUUUGCUUUUCCCUCUUUCUCUCUCCUCUUCUCCUAUCAAUUUUUGACUCCCUAUGGUCCCUCCACCACACAAGAAGAGACAUUUUAAAAAUGCCAGCUCCUUCCCCGCAUAAAAGACCGGGGCUUUUGCUAAGGGGCAUCCUAAGGGCUGUCAGAGAUUCUGCUGCCCUAUAGGAGCUGAGAUUAGACCCACGGCCUCCCCUCCCCCCCGGCCAUUUGGGCAUCUCGGCAUAAGGCAUUAUAACAAGGUGCUCCUUCCACCCCCAUUCUCAACUUGAGUGCAUUAUAUAUAGGGGUUUCUUUUUGUAUUCUAGCACUCUUUGGGGGUGGAUCAUCUUUUAGCUCUUCUCUGUGGCCCCCUUAUUUCUAUUUUUAAGCAGAGGUGAUAAACCCUGCGUGGGCCUCUACCCCUGAGGCAGGGACCAAACCCCUAAGAGGAGAGAAUAAUCCCUUCCCCCUGUGUAUCGUGCUUUCUAUUUGUCAAAGUGUUUUUUUACAUGCUUGAUUGUAUUUAAUCGACCUUGUGAUUAUAAUCCACAUUUUAAAGAUUACAAAAUUUUGAGGCCAGAGUGGAAAAGUGACUCACCUGAAGUCACACAGGAAGUAAGAAGCAGAGCCAAGAGCAGAAGCCAGUUAGACCUUGUGACUCCCAGCCUAGGGCUGAUUCCAUCAUCUCUGCUGCCCCCACAGAGCAGCAGCAGCAGCAGCAGCAGCAAACCCAAAGUUCACCUGGGAGCUGGUCUCCAAGAAUCCCUGAGUAGAGUGGGUUGUUAUCAGAGUUAGAGGUGAGCUCUCGGGGGUGCCAGGUGAGCUCAAAGCCAGCAGGAACCCGAGGGCA